GCGCGUAGCCGAGUGCCUAGAUAAAUACGUCCUCGAUGUGUGAUAGAUAGUUGUUAUCGGCCCGCUACUUGUGCGGCUUGACUAAACAAUGUUAAUCAGUACUAUGUCGUAUGGCAGGCGCUUCGUUUGCUCAAUUAACGUGUGAUAAUAGACGGUAUGAGUGUUUAAACCCUUGAUAGUGUUAACCAUGACUCGGUCCAGCUACCGGCCCUUGGUGCCCCGGUCUUCAAACAACUCCCUGGAUAACCGCGAGACCGGGACAACGUCACCUCCAGGCGAGCCCCUAGUCCGAGCCCCGGUGGGCAAGCCAAGAUGCCCGCCCGCCAUCUCAAGACUGCGCGUCGAGAAAGUUGAGGGCGGCCUGGCGGUGGCCGGCGUCGUGGUCGCCGCCAACUGCCAAAUCGUCCUACCCAUAUUCGGCUUCCUCUUCAUGCUGGUUGGAUGCGUGCUUACUGCUACGUCGUACCGUGUCCGUGGGGAGAAUGAAGAGCAGGAUCAUUAUCAAGAGCGGAUCGCAUUUACGGGAAACUCUCGGGUGCUCGGCCCCGUUUGCAUAGUCGCCGGAGCACUUAUGACAAUUGCUGGUAUCGUGUUAUGCAUACUGAUGCGUGCCGCCCAGCGACGCCAAAGGAGACUGGCAUUCCACUGCCCCAUUCACGGGGACUUCUAUCCCUUGAGCCCACAAAAUAGCAGAAAAUAUUCCCGUAGUCCUAGCGGUAUAUUGCGUGGUAUACGCAGUUGGCUCGGGCUGGUGGAGGACGGUGAAUCUCCACGCUGCCCGCGCUCCGUGGAGCCUGCAUCGCCCGCCCGUGCUGACGCACCCUGCCCGCCGCCUUUACCUUUCCUUGUGCCAUCUGACUCCGUCGUCGGUAUGGCGUCAGUUUUAGGAGCUCCGUUAAGCCCUGAAGCAACAUUUGGAUCUAUCAAGUCUCUCGCCAUAUCCAGAGAAGUAGCAAGCUUCCCUCUUUCACGGUCUCCAACUCCACCCCCUAUGAGUUGUCCACCGUUCAAAGAAGAGCCCAUGAUUCAGAACAACAUCCCGAAUGCUGUGACUCGCCCCGACUUCGACUGCGGGUCGCCGACGUGCAACUACAGAGUUGUCGAGUGUAAGCUGACGACGACCGACGAGAUAUGCCGCGCCCCCGUGCAUGCCAGCGUCCACAAGGCCUCAGACCGCACCAGACCAGCCACAGUAUCCAUUACGAUACCUAACGAAGGAAAGGGCUAGGGCUAACCGAUCUCAAAGGACUGAAAUCAUUAGAUAAUUAUAUAAUUAUUAUGUUUGAUGAGGAAAAUGUGAACUAAUUUUGAUAAUUAGGAUGAUCGGGCGAGGUCAUAUUGAACCCGUCUAAUCGAGGCAUGUUGUAGACGGAACCGAGUACGAUGUAAUUUUUUCCAUUAAGCCAUUACCUUUGCAUAUUGAUUUUAAUGUUAGCUCAAAUAAUCACGUCUGUCUUCCGUUAGUAGCACCAUCUGACGAAUUGUCACACUUACUGAAAAUAAAAUUCACUCUCACUACUUAUAUACGUGUUAAGAACUAAGUACUAAAGUAAACCCACUUCUGAUUAUAUUGUGUAAUAUUUUUUGAACCUACCUAAAUAUAAGUUAUAGUACAGACGCAAAGUAUGUAAUUAUUGUUAACCUAUGCUCAGAAUAAUUACUCAAUCAGUUUAAAUCAAUUGUUAUCGUACUUUAUUUGCUCUAUGUAUAGCAAUAUGUUCCGCCAAAUAUCGUCUGUAAGAAAUGGAUGUGAAUAAGAGAUCAAUUCAGGAAUGUGAAUGAAUGUUAUAACAAUUAAAGUUAUUUAAAAUUAGUUUGUCAUAAAAUUGCUAUUUUAAUUUAAUUGACAAAUUAUUCCUAAUUCAAAAUUGUUUAUAACGUCAUAAUAUGUAUGUGAGUAUUAUGUACGGUGUGUAUUGUAUUAUGUGAAAUGCUCAUAUGUAUAUGUAUAUGUGUCCUAGUCGUAAAAAUAAUAUGUUUGUUUUCCAUCCUAGAUUUUUAUUCAAUGAAAUUAUUGUCAUAGCAUGAGUGCAGAAAAGAAGCAGAACAAGCAUGGUGUUAAGCUACUUAUGAAUGAUCCUGUUAACAUAAUUAUGAAAGUGCCCAACAAAAGCAAGUGCUUGAAAUUGUUUUAAAUACCUAUCAUAGCUAUCAAAACGUUAUCGUAUUACAGAAACGACAAGAAAGCAUAUAAAUAUUUAGUAAUUCCUAUAACGUAUUUUCUUAUAUGGUUUUGCUAUUUGCUAAAUACUACUUAUCUCAUAAACCAAAAAAACUUAGAUGCAUCAUUAAUCAUUAAUUUUCGACUAAGGUACUGACAGUAUAUAGUUCGCUCAGUGUCAUUUGUAACGUGUAGAAGUCUUUUCUUUGAUUUCGUUGUACGUAUCUUGGUAACUAUUUAAGAAAUUAAGUUAAGAUAAGUAGGUACAUUCAUACAAAACACAUAUUACCCCUAGUCGUAGUUCCGAAAUGUGAUAUUUUUAUUUAUUUGACAUCGUCUAUAAUAUUUUGAUACAACACGUCAGUUUUAGGGUAAUUCGCCAGUAACAGGUGGCCAGUUUACCCUAUAUUUAUUUUGAAAAUCAGGAAAAUUAACAACCUACUAUGUAUACAUACAUUCUUCAGUUAUCAUUAUUUUGGUGAAAUUGCCAAAAGAAGUUGCCAAAAUUCAUAAUACAUUGCGUUUUUUUUAACCGAUCACCAUCAAAUGUUUGGUGAUGAUUUGCAAUAUGUUCAUAAAAAUGUUUUAGCAUCACACUCAACCAUGCUCACAAAAGACAUAUUAAGUAGAUUGCAAAAAGUGUAGUCCAUAGUUAGGUAUUACUCGUAGAAUCUAACAAGUAACAUGAUUUUUGUGAUGAAGGCAUUUAUUGGCCAAGUUGUUCGAAAUCGUAAGGAAUGUAAUUUUUAUAAUCCUUAGGUAAGUGCCACGCCUAAGUAACCUAUUAUUAUUGUAUACUUAAUAAAGCUAUUUAAUUUUGUUAUACUCGUAAGGACAACGUGAAAAUACAAUUUUGAAGUUAAA